AUGCAACAAGGACAACACCAGGUGCAACAACAGAUGGCUCCUUCCAAUCCAAUGCAACAGGCCGGACAACAGCAAAGGCAACAGUCUGCACAACCUUCAAUUUCGAUGCAACAAGGACAACACCAGGUGCAACAACAGAUGGCUCCUUCCAAUCCAAUGCAACAGGUACAACAGGUACAACAACAGAUGGCUCCUUCCAAUCCAAUGCAACAAGCCGGACAACAGCAAAGGCAACAGUCUGCACAACCUUCAAUUUCGAUGCAACAAGGACAACAGCAGCUGCAACAACAGAUGGCUUCUUCCAAUCCAAUGCAACAAGCCGGACAACAGCAAAGGCAACAGUCUGCACAACCUUCAAUUUCGAUGCAACAAGGACAACACCAGGUGCAACAACAGAUGGCUCCUUCCAAUCCAAUGCAACAGGUACAACAGGUACAACGACAGAUAGCUCCUUCCAAUCCAAUGCAACAAGCCGGACAACAGCAAAGGCAACAGUCUGCACAACCUUCAAUUUCCAUGCAACAAGGACAACAGCAAAGGCAACAACAGAAGGCUCCUUUCAAUCCAAUGCAACAGGUGCAACAACAGAUGGCUCCUUCCAAUCCAAUGCAACAGGUGCAACAACAGAUAGCUCCUUCCAAUCCAAUGCAACAGGUGCAACAACAGAUGGCUCCUUCCAAUCCAAUGCAACAGGUGCAACAACAGAUGGCUCCUUCCAAUCCAAUGCAACAGGUGCAACAACAGAUGGCUCCUUCCAAUCCAAUGCAACAGGUACAACAGGUACAACAACAAAUGGCUCCUUCCAAGCGAAUGCCGCCACAGAGAGAACAACAACAGAUACAACAGUCUGCAUAUCCGUCUAGUUCAAUGCAACAGGGACAACAGCAUGCACAACAACUGAUGGGCCAUUCCAAGCCAAUGCAUCAGGGACAACAGCAGAUACAACAGCCGAAGGCUCCUUCCAAUCCAAUGAAACAGGGACAACAGCAGAUACAACACCCGAUGUCUCCUUCCAAUCCAAUGCAACAGGGACAACAACAGAUAGAACAGCCGAUGGCUCCUUCCAAUCCAAUGCAACAGGGGCAACAGCAGAUACAACAGCCGAUGGCACCUUCCAAUCCAAUGCAACAGGGACAACAGCAGAUACAACAGCCGAUGGCUCCUUCCAAUCCAAUGCAACAGGGGCAACAGCAGAUACAACAGCCGAUGUCUUCUUCCAAUCCAAUGCCCGUACAAGUAGCACAACAGCAGAUACAACAGCCGAUGGCUCCUUCCAAUCCCAUGCCGGUACAAGGAGCACAACAGCAGAUACAACAGACUGCAUACGUUUCUAAUCCAAUGCAACAGCAAGUGCAACAACUAUCACAACCAACACAGAACAGGACUCUCGCCUAUUAUGGUUACACACACAGUAACACUCAAAGUCAGUCGAACACUGCAAACUACCAUGCAUCAAGCAGUGCGGGCACUUUCUCAAAUGGACCACAGGUGCUCAGUGUUUCCACUGCCCAGAAUCAAGCUGGUAAUCGCGGACAGGUGGCUGCACAUCCUCCAAGUAACGUUGGAGGAACAGGCUAUCCACCCAAUCAACAAACAAUGAACCAGCAACAAGGGAACGUUGUUUCAAAUACACAAUAUCAAGGAAAUGUGGCUCAACAACUUCCAAGCAAUGGUGUCGUUAAUGGAAUGGGCGGCAAUGGAGGCGGUCCUAAUGGAGUCAUGAAUGGUGGAGGUGGGGCAUUGAGAAGCCCAAUGGGUGGCAUGAAUGGUGGAGGUGGGGCAGUGAGAGGCCCAAUGGGUGGCAUGAAUGGAAUGGGAGGUCCUAUGGGUGGUGGUGGAAUUGGCGUCAUGAAUGGAGGACAAGGUAUGAUGAGCGCGCCAAUGGGAGGUCCCCCAAGUGGUAUGAAUGCUAUGGGAGGUCCCCCAGGUGGCAUGAAUGCUAUGGGAGGUAACCGUGGUGGAAUGAAUGGAAUGGGGGGUCCAGGCCAAAUGAGUGGUAUGAAUGGAAUGGGGGUCCAGGUCAAAUGGGUAGUAUGA